AGCCUGAGCCCAGAGCCGGCCAGCCCUGUGCAGGGAUGGGUAGCGUGCUCUGAAGUUUGUGACCGCGGCAGCCAACUCCUGGCGGGAGCUGGGACCAAGCGACUGAGCGGCCGCCUGGAGCCCCACAGCUGGAGGGUGAGGCCGGCUGCUCGCGGCCCCAGAGCCCUUCCGGGGCCACAGGAGUGCGUCCUCCAGGCCCGGUGCUCCCGCGCCUGAUCGGGGUUCAUGGAGCUGGGGCUGUGGCUCCUUUUUGGGCUCACAGUGACCUCUGCCACAGGAUUGGUGCCUUGUGCCCAGCCUGGGGAAGCUGGUGGGAGCAGCGUACCCCAGACCCACCCUGCAGCCAGAUCUGAGGGGGACAUUGGGGAGACUGUGGUCACCACCGCAGCACAGGGUCCAAGUCCCCACAGCCCUGGGCAGAAGCAGGGACCAGGUUGGUUUGGGGAGCAGGCGGCUGAGGGGAGCCCUGUGCGUCACCGAGCCAGACGCUGCACGUGUUUCACCUACAAGGACAAGGAGUGCGUCUACUAUUGCCACCUGGACAUCAUCUGGAUCAACACCCCUGAGCGCACUGUGCCCUAUGGACUGUCCAACUACAGAGAAAGCUCCCGUGGCAGGAGGUCCGUGGGGCCAUUUCCGCGGAGCCCACAGCCCUCCAAGGGGACACGGCGCUGCGCUUGUGCGACGAGCCGCGACCUGGCCUGCGAGCACUUCUGCACCCGAACCCUGGCUGUCGGCAGGACCUCGGAGGCAGCGGAAGGACCGGACCAGGGAGAGGCGGUGCUGGCUGGCGGGGCGGACGGAGCGCUGCGUCCGAGGAGGUUGAAAUCAAGGACAGACCGAGCGAGUCGCCUUUAGACCUCCACCCUCGAAGGCUUGCCCGGGAGUGGAGUGACCCCUGCCUCAGCCUGCCCGCUCCGCCUGCUGUGCCAGGAGCCCUCCGGAGAAGAGGCCUGCCGUCCUGUCUCAGGAAGGCCUCGGCUCCUGCCCCCACGUGGUUCACAUUUCCACCUCUUUUAGGACAAAGAAUGAGUUCUGCCUGGGGGAGAAAACCGACCCAAAGGGGUCCUCACCUAACAACACGCCCCUACCCCAAGAUUGCCCCAUCCAAACGGCCCCAGUUUCCCUAAUGGGGACCAUGAUCCCAGAUGCGCCCUGGGGCCUGACACCCUGGGCAUGGCUUUCCUGCAGGAGACGGGUUUGGGAGAGGCACGGCGGGGAAAGCUACUUGCUGGCUUUCGACUUGACUCUUCUUGGCGAGUCGGUGGACGCCAAGGUGACUCUUUGCAGGUGUAAACAGGUGUCCAUCUCAUAGUUGCCACAGCACACUCAGAUCCUAACGCAGGGGGCGGCGAGCAGUGCAGGUGCCAGCUGGGGCGGCCGCAGACGUGGACCUAGCUGUACGGGCCUUGAGGCAUUCGAGGCUUAUAGGAUCUAGACAGAAAUGUUCAGCUGUGUAUGGUACCCACCAAAAGAAUAUCUCAAAAAAAACCCACCCCAAACACAAACACAAAGAAGAAAGGGGGGGGAAGAGAAAGAAGAACCUUGAUGUCUGUGACAAGGGGAGAGUGAGCAGCUUCGGGGCCUGAACGCCGGGCAGGGCGGCAUCGUGCGCCAUGGGCUUGUUUGCAGGAAGCCACUGGGAUGGCAGCCCCAGGUCAAGGCCAUUAGAGUGAAUCCCAUAUUUGCUGUCAAGAAUAAAUGUGGAUCUUUGGGGAAUGGCUUCAGAAUAAGCCAGGAACACAAACUCUCUGUAAAUUAUGUAAAUUCCUAUUUAUCUGUAUAAUUGGAAACAACUGGGAAUUGUGGUGCCUGCCUGAAGGUCCACCGUCUUGUUCAGCUGCGCUCUUGCAGCCACGCUGAGAUGACUGCGUCUGAGCGUGGGAUGUGGGUGUGAGCUCAUCACGGGGGGCAGGCCACCUGCCUCUCCCCACAGCAGACGUGAGAACUAGCAUUGGGGUGCGCGCUGAGGUCGAGACUUGGGGAUAUUUAAGGUGGUGAAUGACAGAGUAUUAGCCUUGACCAAAUGUUAAAUACUCUAUGAGGAUCUCAUAAGUUAUGGCAGGUAUAAAAGUGAAUGUCUACCCGAGGAAACGAAAGGGACUGGUUUGCUGGCAGGCUCGUGUCUAGUUUAGAGAAGCAAUUAUUUAUUGUGAAGCUCUUCUCUCCCUCAACUGCUUUUUGCGACUCUGUUAAAAAGUAAAGCUGCCCUACGUAGAGAGAUUUUACGUUGCGUUCUGAAUCCAAGCUCAUAUUCCUUAGAGUUUGAAUUACAUUUUUAACACGCAUACUCACCGGCUCGGUGGCAAGACUGUCUCGGCGGGAGUUCCAUGCAUUGUGCUAACGCUCAUGAAGUACUGCCGAAUGCAAAAUAAAGGAAAUCUCAGCGUUU